AUGUACCUGAUCACCAUGUUUGGAAACCUGCUCAUCAUCCUGGCUGUCAGCUCAGAUCCCCUCCUCCACACCCCCAUGUACUUCUUCCUCUCCAACCUGUCCUUUGUGGAUAUCUGUUUCACCUCCACCACUGUCCCAAAUAUGCUGCUGAAUAUACAAACUCGAAGCAAAGUCAUUACCUAUGAAGGUUGCAUAGCCCAGAUGUAUUGUUUCCUUCUCUUUAUACAAUUGGACAUCUUUCUCCUGACAGUGAUGGCCUACGAUCGGUUUGUGGCCAUCUGCCACCCUCUGCGCUACACAGUCAUCAUGAACCCUAUUCUCUGUGGACUGCUGGUUCUCAUAUCCUGGGUGAUAGUCGUCUUCUUAUUUUAUUGUACAGGCUUUGGAGUGUACCUUAGCUCUGCCACCAUGCACAGCUCACACUCCAGUGCAACAGCUUCAGUGAUGUACACAGUGGUCACACCCAUGCUGAACCCCUUCAUCUACAGUAUGAGGAAUAAAGACAUAAAGAGGGCUCUAAAAAAGUUUCUUUGGAAGGUCAGUACAAAAGGGAAAAUUGUCCUGGUGCUAAAGAAAUGCCUGUGA